GCCUCCGACCCCCGGUAUGCGCUGAGCCGCUCCGUCCGCCCGCGGCGCGCCCGCCGCCCCUCCGAGGCGUGAAUGACAGAGGAGGUGCCCCCGACUGCACUUACGGACGUAAACUUGCGUCUUCUCUGCCACGAUGACAUAGACACAGUGAAACAGCUCUGUGGCGACUGGUUCCCAAUAGAGUACCCUGACUCAUGGUACCGAGAUAUCACUUCCAACAAGAAGUUCUUUUCCCUCGCAGCCACAUAUAGAGGCUCCAUCGUGGGAAUGAUAGUGGCAGAGAUCAAGAGCAGAACAAAGGUGCAUAAAGAGGAUGGAGACAUCUUAGCUUCCAAUUUUCCUGUGGACACUCAAGUUGCUUACAUCCUAAGUCUUGGAGUGGUGAAGGAGUUCAGAAAACAUGGAAUAGGUUCGCUCUUGCUUGAAAGUUUAAAAGACCAUAUAUCAACGACUGCCCAAGAUCACUGCAAAGCCAUCUACCUGCACGUCCUCACCACUAACAACACAGCAAUAAACUUCUAUGAAAAUAGAGACUUUAAACAGCACCACUAUCUUCCCUAUUAUUAUUCCAUCAGAGGGGUCCUCAAAGAUGGCUUUACCUACGUCCUGUACAUCAACGGCGGACAUCCACCCUGGACAAUCUUUGACUACCUACAGCACAUUGGAUCGACGCUAGCCAGCCUGAGCCCGUGUUCAAUUCCCCAGAGGAUAUAUCGACAAGCCCAGAGCCUUCUCUGCAGCCUGCUGCCCUGGUCUGGCAUUUCUGCCAAGAGCGGCAUUGAAUAUAGCCGGACGAUGUGACUGGAUUGAAGAUGUACAAAAAGCAAAGGAUUGUUCUUUCAUCUCCUGAACCAUCCGGCUCCGCACUGAUUCCAGUGAUGACGGCUCUUGGUCAGUGACCCAGCCCCUGGACGGGACUCCUUGUUCCACAGGUUGACCGAGAUUUGGUAGACUUCACACUCGACGGGCUGCAGCCCUGACUUACCCCCGUGGCCUGGAGCCUGCGAGCGCUGCCUGGGCAGGCCUGGCUGUCGUGCGAGGCAUCUGGCUGUGCCGUAGCCGAGGGCCCUUUGCGUCACCAGUCCGUGUGCAUGUUGCACUGUCCCCGCCACUUCCCUUGCCUCUGGUUUGCUCCUAUUUGUAUACGUGAUUUAGAGGGGUUCAGUUGCUGCUUCCACACCGUGGCUACUGAAAGCAGCGUGAAUGAGGUUAAUGAAUCUGCACUGACCAGCCACGUAAAUGAGCCCUAAGUGCCCUGGCAGGCCACUGCUGGCAGAAUAUACAGUCGUGCCCUUCUUGCCAGGGAAGGGGGGAGCUGGGCGAGGGGAAGCGGGGAGCGAGGAUCGUGUCUGGGUCCUGCCAAGUCAGCUGCUGGUGCUUCCUGCGGGUAACUUCAGGGAGGGUAACUAACUGCCUCGCGUGAGAAACUACCCAGCCCCGCCAGCUCUCUGGAGUGACUUAAAAAGAAGCAUCUAAUUCAGGAUGCAUCAAGUAGAAGGCAGGGAAUGAAAUUGCUAUUUCAUAGUGAAAUAUAUAUAUUAUACUGUAUAGAUCUUUCUGCCUUUGUCCAAGUUGGAACGUAGCAGGAGAGGGGAGCUGGGGACGUAGAGCCACUGCUGCAGCCAGCGCCCCGGCAGAGUCCAGUCGAGAGCCCUUCUCCUCCACUGCAUGCACCCUCCCUUGGCGCCGGGGCUGGACUCUUGCAGGAUCGUUAGGGAUGAGCUCUGUGCACAGAUCACAACAGCUUUUCCUUGCUGAAGAAAAGCCCCCCAGCUGCUCACUGGCGUGCCUCAGGCCGUAGUCUGGGCAUCCCCUGGGGCUGUGCCGGUGGGCAGUUGCCCGGUGGCUCUCCAGCUGUGUCCUGGCUGCAGGACUGCUCCCUAGCUGGGCCAGCCUGGGGCUGAGUCUGAGCUCACUAGCAGUUCACGUCCAGCCUGCGUGGAGGCCCCGGUGUGCCCGUGUGCUGCGGCCAGGCCAGGCACCCUUCCUGCGCCUCGGAGCAAGGUUAGGCGAGCGCUUUGGUUUUAAGGUGGGAGUCUCUACAGCUCACCCAGCCCAGGCACGUGUCGGAGGUGCAGGUAUCCCUGCGCCCCACUGGGUUCCCCUCGCGAAUCCCCCUUCCCUGGCCGAGGCUCUUCCCCUGCUUGGCACCGUGUUCCUUGUUCCCCUCUCAUUUUGAAACUGGGACUUGAGCAAAGGAGGUCUAAGCUGCAGCUAGUGCAUCGCCUGUGUGUGCAGGCAGUGCCGGCUCUGGCAGCACGUGUGGGCAGGGCCUGGGGAUGAGACACAAUACAGGUCAGGCUUAGGCUUAGAAGAGAAAGCAAGCACAUUGUUAGGAUCUUGCAGCCCGGGCGACCGUACAAAGUCACGGCAGUGUCUGUAAGCCCCUGAGGUGGGAGUUGUUAGUUAAAAGGAUGCAGGAGGCGAGCUUGCUGUGUGUGGUACCACGCUGGUUCCUGAGAAGGGUGGCUGGGACUAGCUCCCUCCCUCUGCCCACUGCUGCCACGGGGCUGGCACUGUGUGCUGCCGCUCAGCUCAGAGGUGGCUCUGGCACAGGAAGCCCCAGUGAGCGCAGCUUGAUCCAGCCCCAGGGGCUGGCAGAUGCCGUGUUCUGGAGCAGCAGAAGGCUGUUCUGGUGGGAGGUGCUGGUCCCUCUUCUGGGGCUCAAAGAGGUCUAGCUCAAUGACUGACACAAGGUAAAAAGGUGUCCCCACGAGGACAGUCAAGCUUGGAGCUGUUGGAGAGUCCAUCCUUGGAGACCUUCAACCCCCAAGAAGGCAGAGCUGACCUCGGUGUAGGCCUUGCUCCGAGGCUGUUGGAGCAGAGCACUCCAGAGGCUCCUUCCAACCUAUACGUCUCUGGUUCCCCUUCAGUUCAGAAAUGCAGGCGGCACCGUGCAGUCAGCUGCGUGCAAAGUUGCGGUGCCCUGUGUGCAGCAGGCAGGCUGAGCAAGGCUCAAGGGAUGCAGUUGUGUGGCAGAGGACAUGCGCCAGGGCAGGGAGCUGCAGGCUGAGCUGGGGCCGAUGCUCACAGCUUCGGCUGAGGUGCCGCUCUUGGGGUUUUAGCUAGGCCCCGGGGUGGGAGGGGAGCUCUGCUGCCCGUGGCUGGGGCACUGAGACAGCAUGGUGGGUGUGCAGCCCACGGCCACCGAAGUUCCCCUCUGCGGGGCUGCGUGCUCCUGCCUGUGAGCGAUGCGGUGGAGCUGCCUGCAGAGGAGCGGGCAGGUGUGCACUGCCAACGGCUCGGCUGAGCCGCUCGUGGCACCGCAGCCUGGGAGCGCAGAGGGGCACCCUGUGCGUCCCCCUCCUGUGCUGUGGAGCCGGCUGGGUCCUUUGGCCGGGCUCCAGCUGCCACCACCUCACCGAGGUGGCUUGGCUGCCUCCAGCCCAGCCUUGCCGGCUCAGCGGGUGCCCUGGCCGUGCUCCCCUGCCCAGCCCCGCUGCCCAGCGGCUGUGCCCACCGCUCUGCCCGCAGGGAGCAGGUGUUGCCGAGGCGCUGGUGGGGAGGCUUUGGCUGUCCCCGUUGUCCCCAUGCUCCUCUCGCAGCCCGGCUGGCCCCCACUGGCAGGGGAGGUAGCAGCAGGGGCUGCUGUGACCCCUCCUAGCCGCAGCGCUUUCCUAGGGGAGACCUGAAGCACCCUUCUAGCCUCAGUUGUGUUACCACUUUUUGGUUUGGGGGUUGGGUUGGUUUUUUUUGCUUAUCCACUUUUUACUUAAACACGUCUAUUGGUUUAUGAGUUUCUUUAGCAGCUCAAGCCCUUGGUUCUCCUCAGCACUUGCUUCCUCUGGACCAGAAUCAAUCUCUCUUUCUCUCCUGAUUGCCUGGGACUGAUGUUCUCCUCCCUUUCUAUCCUGCCCAUUACACAACCCAACUCCACUGCUGCAGCACUUGAGCACGUCCCAAGGGGAGCCGUGACCGGUCUCUGUGUCCUCCUGCCGCCCCGUCCUCUGAGGUGUCAGCCGCAUCCCCACCUCACAGCCCGUUACUUACUGAAGAGCAUCGUGCUGCCACCAUCAGCCUCUCUCUAAACGUCUUCAAUUAA